CCCUAGCAAACGGGGGUGGGGGCAUUUGUGUACAAGAUGGGGUCCCAGCCGCAGAGCAGAAAGGGAGAGGCUGUGUGCACAUGGCAGCAUUCCAACCCAGGGCAGGCAGGACUGUGGGCUAUGCUCAAGGGUGCGGUGUCUUCCACAAGGCUCCUCGAGUGCCCCCACCCCAACGGCUUAGGCAGCCUUCAGGGCUGCGUCGGCCCCCUCCCACCCCCUUCCUCCGGAGGCCCCUACGCCUGUUCCAGCCGUGGCUUGUACACAUUUUCCGAUUUCCUGUGAACGUCCGCCCAGCAGGCAGCUGGGUGACUCAGGACCCCGGUGGCCGGGCCCCCCGCUCCAUGGGAUCUUUGUUUGCUCAGGCCUUUGGCUCUGGCCUUCUGGCCUAGGGCCCUCAAAGGAUUUCCUGAGCCCCGCCCCUGCCCCUGCCCUCUGACAGGCGGGCCAGCAGGCCAGUGGAGGGGGGAUGGAGGGUCCCUGAGGAGUAGCCACCCCUUCCACCGGGCUCAGGAGAUGGAUUGCAGAGAGCCUGGGGCGGGCCAGCGGCCCCCUGAGGAUGAGAAAGAGGUGAUUCGCCGGGCCAUCCAGAAGGAGCUAAAAAUCAAGGAGGGUGUGGAGAACCUGCGGCGGGUGGCCACAGACCGCCGGCAGCUGGGCCAUGUGCAGCAGCUGCUGCGGUCCUCCAACCGCCGCCUGGAGCAGCUGCAUGGAGAGCUGCGGGAGCUGCAUGCCCGCAUCCUGCUGCCCGGCCCCGGGCCCAGCCCUGGGCUCAGCCCUGGGCCCAGCCCGGCUGAACCUGUGGCCCCAGGACCCCGGCCACCAGCAGAGCAGCCAAGGGCUGGGCACCUGGAGGCCCUCCAGAGGCAGCUGCAGGUGGAGCUGAAGGUAAAGCAGGGGGCCGAGAACAUGACCCACACGUACGCCAAUGGCACCCCCAAGGAGAGGAAGCUCCUGGCAGCUGCCCAGCAGAUGCUGCGGGAUAGCCAGCUGAAGGUGGCCCUGCUGCGAAUGAAGAUCAGCAGCUUGGAGGCCAGUGGGUCCCCUGAACCAGGUCCUGAGCUGCUGGCAGAGGAGCUGAGGCAUCGAUUACACAUUGAGGCUGCUGUGGCCGAGGGUGCCAAGAACGUGGUGAAGCUGCUGGGGAGCCGGCGAACACAGGACCGCAAGGCACUGGCUGAGGCUCAGGCCCAGCUCCAGGAGUCCUCCCAGAAAUUGGACCUCCUGCGGCUGGCUUUGGAGCAGCUGCUGGAGGGACUGCCUCCUGCCCACCCUCUGCGGGCUAGAGUGGCCCGGGAGCUGCGGACUGCUGUGUCUGGGAACCUCCAGCCUUCAGGGGCACUCGUGAAGCCCACUGCCAUGACAGGGACACUGCAGGUCUGCCUCCUGGGCUGUGAGCAGCUGCUGUCAGCCGUGCCUGGACGUUCCCCGGCGGCCGCGCUGGCCGGGAGCCCCUCCCAGGGCUGGCUUCGGGGCAGGGCCAAACAGCAGCGUGGUGGAGGCGAGCUGGCCAGCGAGGUGCUGGCCGUGCUAAAGGUAGACAAUCGCGUCGUGGGCCAGACAGGCUGGGGGCCAGUGGCCAAGCAGUCCUGGGACCAGACCUUUGUUGUCCCCCUGGAGCGGGCCCGAGAGCUGGAGAUCGGGGUGCACUGGCGGGACUGGCGGCAGCUGUGCGGUGUGGCCUUCCUGCGGCUGGAGGACUUCCUGGACAAUGCCUGUCACCAGCUUUCCCUCAGCCUGGUGCCACAGGGACUGCUCUUUGCCCAGGUGACCUUCUGUGACCCUGUCAUUGAGAAGAGGCCCCGGCUGCAGAGGCAGAAACGCAUUUUCUCUAAACGCAGAGGCCAGGACUUCCUGAGGGCUUCCCAGAUGAACCUCAACAUGGCGGCCUGGGGGCGCUUGGUCAUGAGCCUGCUGCCCCCCUGCAGCUCCCCAAGCACGAUCAGCCCCCCCAAAGUGUGCCCCCAGACCCCAGCCACACGCCGGGGGGCCGCUGACCCUGCCUCACCCAGUAACUUCCUGCCCAAGAAGACCCCCUUGGGAGAAGAGAUGAGGCCCCCACCCAAGCCCCCGCGCCUCUACCUGCCCUGGGAGCCAACCCCCGAGGAGACGCCGCGCACCAAACGCCCGCACAUGGAGCCCAUGACUCGACUCGGGCCACCUCCAGCAGCCUCAGCCACCAGGAAACCCCCUCGGCUUCAGGACUUCCGCUGCUUGGCUGUGCUGGGCCGGGGACACUUUGGGAAGGUCCUCCUGGUCCAGUUCAAGGGGACAGGGAAGUACUAUGCCAUCAAAGCACUUAAGAAGCAGGAGGUGCUGAGCCGGGACGAGAUAGAGAGCCUGUACUGCGAGAAGCGGAUCCUGGAGGCUGUGGGCUGCACAGGCCACCCCUUCCUGCUCUGCCUCCUUGCCUGCUUCCAGACCUCCAGCCACGCCUGUUUCGUGACUGAGUUUGCACCCGGUGGUGACCUCAUGAUGCAGAUCCACGAGGAUGUCUUUCCAGAGCCCCAGGCCCGGUUCUACCUGGCCUGUGUGGUCCUGGGGCUGCAGUUCUUACAUGAGAAGAAGAUCAUUUACAGGGACCUUAAGUUGGAUAAUCUUCUGCUGGAUGCCCAGGGUUUCCUGAAGAUCGCAGACUUUGGGCUAUGUAAGGAAGGGAUCGGCUUUGGGGACCGGACAAGCACCUUCUGCGGCACCCCGGAGUUCCUGGCCCCCGAGGUGCUGACCCAGGAGGCUUACACGCGGGCUGUGGACUGGUGGGGGCUGGGUGUGCUGCUCUACGAGAUGCUGGUGGGCGAGUGCCCGUUCCCGGGGGACACUGAGGAGGAGGUGUUUGACUGCAUCGUCAACGCGGACACCCCAUGUCCCCGCUUCCUGUCCGUGCAAGGGCUCGAGCUCAUUCAGAAGCUCCUCCAGAAGUGCCCGGAGAAGCGCCUGGGGGCGGGUGAGCAGGAUGCUGAGGAGAUCAAGACACAGCCUUUCUUCAGGACCACCGACUGGCAGGCCCUGCUCGCCCGCGCCGUCCGGCCCCCGCUCGUGCCCACCCUCUGUGGCCCUACAGACCUGCGCUACUUCGAGGGCGAGUUCACGGGCCUGCCGCCUGCCCUGACCCCGCCGGACCCCCGCAGCCCCCUCACUGCCCGCCAACAGGCCGCCUUCCGGGACUUCGACUUUGUGUCAGAGCGAUUCCUGGAGCCCUGAGGGCCUCCCGGCCGCUCUGCCCGCUGCCCCCAGACCCAGCCUCCGCUCGCCCACCUCUCUGCCCACCGGCCUGCACCCUGCCUUGGAAGCCUGGGCCCUGCCUGGCAUUUAUGAGCCCUAGGGACUUGAGGUGGC